CCCCAAAAAAAGUUCCCACACGGAGGAAAAAAGUCAUACAAGUAAGAGGGACGCUCCGGUCAGACGCUCCACUGAUGCUUAUUCGGGCGUAAAACAAGACAUGCAUUCUGUAAGCAAGUCAUGGCUGCUGCUUACAGGCUUCAUAGUGUUUUAUGUCAUCUACCUGCUGUUCGGAGCUUUAGUUUUCUCCUGCAUCGAGCGGCCGGUGGAGGACCAACUGCGACAUGACAUGGAAGCUCUGAAGCAGGAGUUUCUCAACCUGAGCUGCGUCAACGCCGCGUCCCUCGAACGCUUUCUGGUUAAGGUGCUGACGGCCAACAAGUACGGUGUGUCCGUCCUCAAAAACUCCUCCGUCACUUCAAACUGGGACCUGAUAUCCUCCAUGUUCUUCGCCAACACUUUGGUCACCACUGUCGGUUAUGGUCACACCACUCCUCUGUCUGACUCGGGGAAGGCUUUCUCCAUCCUCUAUGCCCUAAUAGGAGUCCCCUUCACCAUGCUGGUGCUGACCGCCUGCGUCCAGAGGCUCAUGUACCCUCUGGUCUUCGCUCCCGUCGGCCUCCUGCAGCGUUCGGGCCUGGAGCCUCGAUCGGCCACCGCCGUCCACUUCCUGUUGCUGCUGGUUCUGGUGGUGCUGUGCUUCUUUGUGGCGCCAGCGGCUGUUUUCAGCACAGUGGAAAUGUCUUGGUCAUUCUUGGAUGGCAUCUACUUCUGUUUCAUCUCGCUGUGCACCAUUGGACUCGGGGACUUUGUGCCGGGUACACAACCCGGGCAGAAGUACAGGCCGCUGUACCAGGUCACUGUCAUGUUCUACCUGUUCGUGGGUCUGAUGAUGAUGUACCUCCUGCUGCGCACUUUUCACAAGAUGGCCGACCUGCACGGCCUGACCACCUUCCUGCAGCUGCCGCGCUGCGAGGAAUCCGACCUGGACGAGGACAGGGAGCCCAUUGUGGACAACCAAGAUGAAGACCAGACGCGCCCUUACCUGACAGAAAAAGCUGCAAGCAAACCUCUGGAGCCCGGAUCACAGACCUCGUACAACUCCAUCAACAAAGGCUGAGCUGUGAGAGAGAGAGAGAGAGAGAGAGAGAGAGAGAGAGAGAGAGGAUAUGAAGCUCUACCUCUGGCGAUCCCUUGGUCUUGAACCAGUGAUUAAAAACAUACAACUGGUGGGCUGAAUCUGAAUUCUUAUCUUAAUUUUUUAAUUUUUUUCCUCAUGUAAAACAUCCAGAGAGGAGAGAGCAUAAAAUAAUAAGAAAUUGAGAUGAGUGUAUUGAGAUCCAGCCUUUGACAGAGAGAGAGAGGGGACUGCCAAACUACUUCAGAAUGGUUACUACACCGCUUUCCUGCACACAUAAUAAUAAUAAAAAGGACCAUGGUAACCCAACUACGGCAACCUGACUGGGCUAAAAGGCACAGAUACUCCUUUUCUCCUAAACACUGGUGUAACUGUGGUGCGUUCACAGCCUCGGGUUAACACACGAAGGGCUCGGACCAAAAGCCUUUUUGAUACAUGGUUGGUUGUUUCAAGAUCACAUUUUGUCUUUGUGUUUUUUUUGUCACGUUGCUUUUUGUGCCACAGGUUUUGGGUUGUCAGUUGAGGUCUGACAAAUAAUGCAAAAACGUGCCACUUUCACAUUUCAGCUGUUCUUGUUUUUAUUCGGGUGCUUAAUAUAUCAAACAUGCACAUCAUAGGCCAAAACACCACCAAACCAUUUAGUCAUAUUUAUAGCCUCAAUUGGCCUUUACUUCUUUUUUUUAAAUUUUAGAUCAUUUCCUCAAAUAAAAGGUCAAAUGUGGAGCUACACUGAGCAUUUCAAACUGUGGUGAGAUGUUAACUGGAAUGUUUUUUUUUUUCAUAUUUAAUCAGAUUUCCUGUAUGAAAGUAGUAGCUUUCUGACUCUGAGUCACCCUCGAAAAAGUUCAGGAGCCCGACUCAAGUUUCCCUCAGGACGUGGGCUCUCCUCCUUUAUGGCGCUGCCCCCUGGUGUCUAUAUGUGUGUAGUGCAACAUGUUCCUACACCUCCAGAACAGUAAUAAAUAGGAUUAAAGGGUUGGAAUAGAGGGACUGAGGAAAAUAGAAAAAAAAAAAUGCAAAUGAUGGUAAAUAAAGUGUUUCAUUGUGGUGAUUGAGGGCAUGAUUCAUUUCAUUGGAACGACAAACUGUCAAAGACGACCUGUUAAUUAUCUGUGUUGAGUUACAGUCUGGAUUUCCGUCCAUUAGAGUUAAUGAACACUUGAGACGCACUUUAAUGUUCACGUAUGUUCUUUUGCUUUUACCAUCCAAAGUUGUAGUUGAGUGAACAGGUUCGAUAUAUCCUGAUACUGUAAAAAUAAUUUGUCUUUUGUCUGUGUUGGUGUGUAUGUUUGUAAUAGUUUAGUAUUAUCAGUUAAACAUGUAUUCAUGUCUGACAAUCAUAAAUUAAAAAAAUACUCUGCCUUGUGUUUUGUCA